AUUUAUGAAAUUCUGAGAAAGUCAUAUUAUAAAGAUGGAUGUUCACGACCUAAAUUCUGAUAUACUCAGCACCAUUCCUCAAAGCAUAAUUGAAAGUAUCCUAAUGCUGAUGCCAAUCAAAGAUGCAGUGAAAACUAGCAUUUUGUCGAGGAAAUGGAGAUAUUGCUGGACGACCAUGCCUAUGCUUGCAUUUGAUGAUCACAUGGUUAAAGUAGAAGCAUCUAACCAUGGCAAAGGAUUGAAGAAAUAUAAGCUUGUAAAUGCCAUUCUAAAUGUUUUGUUUCAACACAAGGGUCUAGAACUACAGUUUCAUUACUAUGGUGAAAUGGGUUUCGAGUUUGACCAGAUCAUACUGUAUCUUUCAAACAGCAAAAAAUUAAUGAAACUUUUUGGCCCUCAAAAUACUUCAAACAACUUCUACAGGUUACCUUCUUCUUUCUUUUCAUUGCAAGGAUUAGAAACGCUCUUUCUCUCAAAUUGCAAUGUUGUAACUCCAUCCACAUUCAAUGGGUUUAGUAAACUUGAGCACUUGUACCUUCACCAUUUUGAGAUUACUUCUAAAAGUCUCCGGCGUCUCCUCUCCAAUUGCCCACUACUUAAGCAUAUUUCUUUGUCUGGUGGAUACAAAGAAGACUUUGCAGAAGAAAACAAGUUUACAUUUGCAGAGCUGAUAGAGUGUGUGCCUUUAAUUAGGACUUUGGAUAUCUCGCAAAGUCAUAUGAAGUACUUGGCCAUGGGUGGUAUGCCACAAGAGCUUCCAACUUCACUAGUAUACCUCAAAUGUCUUCUCUUGGACGUUUGUCAAAGGAAUAAAGAUGAGAUAUCUUCUACCCUUUCUUUGAUGAGGAACUCCCCAAAUUUAGAGGUUAUUAACUUCAAGAUAUAUGAGGUGUUGCAUGAUGGACACAUUUCCAUUAACCAACUUGAUUUCCAUGACUACUCCGGUUUCAACCUGGAUCAUCUUAAGACGUUCACUUUGAGUUGUUAUACUCAUUCGGCUCUCCAAUUUGAAUUUGUGAAACUUGUCUUGGCUAAGGCACCUAUGUUGAGGGAAGCAUACAUUGAGCUUGAUGCCAAUGUUUCUAUUGAUAAAGAAGCGCGGAUACUUAGAGAUAUGAUUCGACUGCCAUUUGCACGCGCAUCAUCUUCUGCAGAACUUAUCAUUGCACGCCCAGAUCCUAAUGAAUGUUGAUGAUAGCUUUUAUGUUGACAAUGGGAGUAUUUUGUCUCAGUUAAGCUCAAGGAUUGUCAAAGCACUGAGCUGUUAUUGACAAGUUUGAAUCGUUUAGGUGUGCCUUUUGGGUUGUUUUUGAAUUGCUAUAUUUGUUUAGGUGUC